GAACAAAUUGUUGAUUGUUGUUGGUUUGAUCAUGAUGGCCUCCUUUGCCAUGGCCUUUGAAUCAUGCUAUCAACCAAACGUUGCCUUGCGUGAAAUGAACAAGAAGAAUGAAUCUCCUUCCUAUAGAUUCCCUGUUACUAUCGCAAAGGCUUUGCCAACAGCCUUUGAUUGGCGUAACGUUAAUGGAACCAAUUAUAUUUCCACCAUUAGAAGUCAAAACCUUCCUCAAGCUUGUGGUAGUUGUUGGGCUAUGGCAAGUACAUCUACUUUGGCUGAUCGUGUUAAUAUUUUGAGAAAGGGACAAUGGCCAUGUGCUUAUCUUUCCCCACAACAUGUUUUGGCUUGUGGUAAUGCCGGUUCCUGCAAGGGUGGUGAUCACUACAGCGUUUACGUUUAUGCUAACAAGUUUGGUAUUCCUGAUGAAACCUGUAACAACUAUAGAGCUGUUGAUCAAACUUGUACUGACAUGAAUGCUUGUUACACUUGUACCACUUUCGGUAACUCUAAUUGUCACCCAAUCACCAACUAUAAGAGAUUCAAGGUUGGUGCUUAUGGUACUUUGAAGGGUUCUGAUAGUAUUUUGAAUGAAGUCUAUGCUCGUGGUCCAGUUACUUGUGCUAUUCAAGUUACUCCACAAUUCGAAGCUUACACUGGAGGUGUCUUUACUCAAGUUCUUAAUAACCCACAAGUCAACCAUAUUGUUGCUGUUGUUGGUUGGGGAUGGGAUUCUGCUACUGCUAGUCAAUAUUGGAUUGUUAGAAAUUCAUGGGGAGCUAACUGGGGUGAAUCUGGUUUUGCUCGUGUUUCCUUUGGAUCAUUGGGUAUUGAAACUGAUUGUGCUUUUGGUGUUCCAGUCAAUGCUUAAAUAAACUUAAUUUAUUAUUAUUUAUUA